GUAGGUGUAACUAGAAUGAUGAGGGUGUAAGUAGCCGUUUUCUUUUCUUUUCCUUUCUUCUCUGCUUAUCGUACUUCCCGGAAAACAUCGCCGGAAAGUCUCCCUAAAUCACUGUUCUCUCCAAACCUAGCUGCCGCGAUAGGUCUAUUCCGCCGCCUUUUCUCCGAUUUCCGGCCACCAACGCCACAACAAAUUCUAUGCUUCCUAUACUCAAAUCAGUUUCUAAGCUUUCCUCAUUGCAUCGAUGUCUCCACCAUUGUUUUUCAUCAGCUACAACUUCCCUACAAAAAGACGCAGAUUUCACUUCUUUAUUCAACUCAUGCGUAAACAUUAACGCUACAAAGAAGCUUCACGCUCUUCUAAUCGUGUUUGGAAAAUCACAAAACGUUGUUCUAUCUACAAAGCUUAUUAAUUUGUAUGUUACUCUUGGAGAUAUUUCAUUAUCUCGUUCUACUUUUAAUCACAUUCAUAAAAAGAAUAUAUUUUCAUGGAAUUCAAUUAUUGCUGCUUAUGUUCGAUUUGGGAAAUACAAUGAAGCUAUGAAUUGUGUUAAUGAAUUGUUUUCUAUGUGUAGUGGUAAUUUACGACCCGAUUUUUAUACUUUUCCUCCUAUAUUGAAAGCUUGUGUGCAUCUUGUUGAUGGGAAGAAAGUACAUUGUUGUGUUUUUAAGAUGGGUUUUGAGAAUGAUGUAUUUGUUGCUGCUUCGUUGAUUCAUUUGUAUUCGAGGUUUGGUGUUUUAAAUGUUGCACAUAAGGUGUUUGUUGAUAUGCCGGUGAAAGAUGUGGGUUCUUGGAAUGCCAUGAUUUCGGGGUUUUGUCAGAAUGGGAAUGCGGCAGGGGCGUUAGGUGUUUUGAAUAGUAUGAAAGUUGAGGGGGUGAAGAUGGAUACGGUUACUGUGUCGAGUAUACUUCCUGUUUGUGCACAGUCGGAUGAUAUUGUUAAUGGGGUGUUGAUUCAUUUGCAUGUGUUGAAGCAUGGGUUGGAUGCUGAUGUUUUUGUUUCCAAUGCUUUGAUUAAUAUGUAUUCAAAGUUUGGUAGGUUGCAGGAUGCACAAAGGGUUUUUGAUGACAUGGAAGUGAGGGAUUUGGUAUCAUGGAAUUCUAUAAUUGCUGCAUAUGAGCAGAAUAAUGAUCCAAAUACUGCACUUAGGUUCUUUAAAGGGAUGCAACUUGUUGGAAUACGGCCUGAUUUGUUGACGGUUGUGAGUUUGACGUCAAUUUUCGGUCAGUUAAGUGAUCAAAGGAUUAGCAGAUCUAUUCAUGGAUUUGUUAUACGGCGUGAAUGGCUUGAGAAGGAUGUUGUGAUCGGCAAUGCACUUGUGAAUAUGUACGCAAAAUUGGGAGAUAUGAAUUGUGCACAUACAGUUUUUGACCAGCUUCCAAGAAAAGAUACAAUUUCAUGGAACACAUUGAUCACAGGUUAUGCUCAAAAUGGUCUUGCAAGUGAGGCAAUUGAUGCUUACAACAUGAUGGAAGAGUGUAUAAAUAUAAUCCCAAACCAAGGGACUUGGGUGAGCAUUAUCCCAGCAUAUUCCCAUGUUGGAGCUCUGCAACAAGGGAUGAAAAUUCAUGGGAGACUAAUAAAAAACUGUCUCUACUUGGAUGUCUUUGUAGCUACCUGCCUAAUUGACAUGUAUGGAAAAUGUGGGAGGUUAGAGGAUGCAUUGUCCUUAUUUUACGAAAUUCCACAGGAAACUUCGGUUACUUGGAAUGCCAUAAUAUCUUCUCUUGGGAUUCACGGGCACGGAGAAAAAGCUCUGCAACUUUUCAAAGAUAUGCUAGCCGAAAGGGUUAAGGCAGAUCACAUUACCUUUGUAUCUUUGUUAUCGGCGUGUAGUCAUUCAGGUUUAAUUGACGAGGGCCAAAAGUGCUUUGAUAUAAUGCAGAAAGAGUAUGGAAUCAAGCCUAGUUUGAAACAUUAUGGCUGCAUGGUGGAUCUACUUGGCAGAGCUGGGUUUUUGGAAAAGGCUUAUAAAUUAGUGAGCAAUAUGCCUAUGCAGCCAGAUGCAUCCAUCUGGGGUGCUCUUCUCUCUGCUUGUAGAAUACAUGGAAAUUCAGAAUUGGCCACAUUAGCUUUAGAUCGCUUAUUGGAAGUUGAUUCGAAGAAUGUUGGCUAUUAUGUUUUGUUGUCUAAUAUCUACGCAAAUACCGGGAAAUGGGAAGGAGUAGUUAAAGUAAGAUCGUUGGCCAGAGAUCGAGGAUUGAGGAAAACACCCGGGUGGAGCUCUGUUGUAGUUGGCAGUAAAGCUGAAGUCUUUUAUACUGGGAACCAAACUCAUCCAAAAUAUACAGAUAUAUAUAAGGAAUUAAAGGUUUUGAGUGCCAAAAUGAAGAGCCUUGGCUAUGUUCCGGACUAUAGUUUUGUCUUGCAAGAUGUUGAGGAGGAUGAAAAAGAGCAGAUUUUGAAUAGUCACAGUGAGAGAUUGGCCAUUGCAUUUGGAAUUAUCAGCACCCCACCAAGAAGUUCCAUUAGGAUAUUUAAGAACUUGCGUGUUUGUGGCGAUUGUCAUAAUGCAACCAAGUACAUAUCUAAAAUUACUGAGAGGGAAAUAGUUGUGAGGGACUCGAACCGUUUCCAUCAUUUUAAAGAUGGGAUUUGCUCAUGUGGUGAUUAUUGGUAAUAGUCACUAAAUUAUGGGAAUUUGAUAAGAUUUUGCCUCAGUACAACAGAUAUGCAUCGAUCAAAAGACUCUGAGGUUGGGAGAAAACAUCGUAAGAUCUUAUGAGCUCUCAUAAACUAUUUUUCAUAAGCUUCUCUAACAAGCUUAUGAAUUUGGGCUUAUGAAUUGAAACACAGCUUUUGCAAAUUGAAACAUGGAGCUUCACGAACCUGGCCCGAGAAACUCUUGCGACUCGCGUUCUCUUCUGCCACUCUAGAAUCACGAAACACCGCGACUUGCUCUCUCCCAGCGCCGUUCUUCAUUUUCUUCACCCUUUCCACUCUUCAACUCAGGUAUUUUAGAUCAAUUUUCUUACUGUAUUUGUUGUUUUUUUUUCUUGUUGCUCGUAUUUUCGAUUUGCUGGCUGAUCUUCUCCCUGUGUUUGAUUUUGUGUUCAUUAUUUUUGCUGGCUGAUCUUCGCCAAUGUUCGAUUUGCAUUCACGUGUUGUAAGUUCUGUUUGUUCAUGUUGCUUGUUGUGAUUUUUGCUUGUUCACGUUGCCUGUGUUCGAUUAGUAGUAACAACUAGCAAAUUAAGAAGCUAUUAUAUAGUUCUACCGAGUAAUUAAGAUGAAGUUAUUAUAUGGUCUUUUGAUUAUUUACAAUUUUUUUAGCUAUUGCUCCUUUCCUUAAACAUGAACUAGAAAAUAUGCAUUAACCUGAAACUGAACUCUAUUCUCAUCUUAAAAAGUCCACAAACUUGACAUACAUAGCUAGCCUUGGUGGAAUGGUAAGGGAAAAUUGGUUACUAUGUUGAAGAUAUUCUUCUCAUAAACUUUUCUUGGUAAUGUGAUAUGCUUGUUCAUGAUAUCUAAGAUGUCCCUAAUUUUGUGAAAAAAUUGAGGGCAAUUGCAUUGUUGAAAAUUGGUUAAUCUGUUGAUGAUUUGUAUGCUUAUUUGAAUAGGCUUGCGUAUGCUAGUUUGAUUUCCAUAACUGUGAAAAAUCUAGAGCAAUGCCAAUUACAUUGUUGAAAAUUGGUUACUCUAUUGAAAGCGUUGUUGCGUUGUGUUGCUGACCUGACCAGAGCCCAAACCCGAAAACGGAACAAAAAAAAAACCAUUAAUUGAUAUCCGACCCAGUUGAAACAUAUUUUUCAACCCGGCCCAGCUUAAUCAAAUAUGUACCCAACCGUUUUUUUUUUUUUACAAAAACGGACAAAAAAAAUACCAAAAUUGUGAUUAUGUGUGGGCAUGAACUUGUCUAUAGUAAAAAGUACAAAAAAUUGGCUAUAAUAAAUUCUAACCAUUUAUUUAUAUAUUAUAUCAAAGCCACAAUUGGUUCAAGUUAGACCAAAAGAGUUGUUAGUACAAAUAAGAAUUCACUUUAUUUUCAUGUGAUAUGUUUUAAAAUUUAUGAUUCUUGUCUCUAGUUUGGGCAUGCAGCAACGUUAAAACACUUAGGGAGAGUUUGCCGCUCAUUUGAGUUCCACAAAGGCUUGAGGGAUUGGUCUCUACAGUUGCGCACAAAAAAAAUUAUGAUUCUUGUUUGUGUGAGAAACUUUUUUUUUUUUUUUUGUAGUGUGCUAUAAUAGCCCUUGAGAUGGCUUCCAACGAUAAUGAGGGAAUAUCCCUGAAGUUGCAAAGUUCAAAGACAAUGUAUUAGAAAUUUACUUGAA